UCAUUUUCCUUUUUUGGUGAAAUAUCAUCGUUACUUUUCAUUUGCAUGAUAUUUGACAUUUGCCACAAAACAGAACUCUAGAGAAAGAUAGCGAGAUACAAAAAGGCGGAACGUACCAUCCGAAUAUAUGAAGCAGGCACAAUAAACUACACCGGACUACUUAUCCUCUUGCUCAUUCGGUGCAUCCCUGUUCCAUCCACUCUUCGACACGCACCUAAUUCCGGAAACAGCCGCGCUAAACCAGAAUGAUGAAAAUGUGACACCUUGCUUCCCAUAACUGCCACGUUGCUCCUCAUCAUUCAAACCAUUCCACGUGGCAUAACCUCCUUAUAGCCCCCCAUCAACUGCCUCCCUUAUAAACCCCUUCAGCAACCGCUUUUUUCAGCGGUCUGCUUUCAAGUUACAAGUCCCCAAUAUUUUCUCACGUCGAGUCUUCGGUUGUGUUAUUUGGGCGACGCGAAUGGGAAUGGGUUCCAGGGUGGUUUUCUUGAUGCUGAUGGUGUGGCUUGUCAUGUUCGGCUUGCGUUGCAACUCCUCCAGUGGGGGCCACAUGCCAUCAAACAAAGAGGAAGCUAAUGAUUUUCACGAAGCCAAAGCCGAGACCAUGAAAGCUGCGGAGAAGGCGGCCGAGACGGCAAAAGAGGGGAAAGAAGCCACAGAGUCAUGGACAGAGUGGGCUAAAGAGAAAAUCUCCGAAGGCCUUGGCCUCAAGCAUGAUGAUCCCACUAGCAAAGUUCCUGAUUACGCCUCCAACACUGCUCACAAGACCAAGGAUUACGCCUCCAACACUGCUCACAAGACCAGGGAUUACGCCGGCGAUGCUGCUCAGAAGACACAAGAACAUGCCGGGGAUGCGGCUCAGAAGGCCAAGGAAUAUGCGGGCGAUGCGGCUCAGAAGAGCAAAGAUUAUGCGGGUGAUGUUUCAGGCAAGACAAAAGAUUAUGCCAGUGAUGCUGCACAGAAGACGAAGCAAUAUGCCUCUGACGCUGCUAAAAAAACCAAGGAUAAGGUCCAGGACGUCGCUUCUGGGGCAGGUCAGUACGUGAAAGAUGCAGCGACCGAGAGGAUGAGGGACAUGAAGGACGCUGCUGCAGAGAAAGCGCAAUACAUUAAGAAUGUAGCGACGGGCACUGCGGAUUCUGCAAAGGACAAGGCGAGUUGGGCAUCCGAGAAGGCACAGGAGGCUGCUAAUAAAUCAUCAGAGAAAAUGAAGGAAGCGAAGGGAAAAGCAUACGAGAAGGCGCAAGAGGCGAAGGAGAGAGCGUCAGAGAGGGCAGAGCAAGCCAAGGAGGCUGCGAAGGAGAUGGGAGAGAGGAGGGCGGAGGAGACCAGGGAGAGGGAGGCGGAGGCGGAGGAGCAGCUGAACCGGGCAAAGGACAAGUCUAGAGAGGGUUACGAGACCGCAAAAGACAUGGCGGAGGAGGCCCUCGAGUCUGCUAAGGACACCAUCGCCUCCAACUACGAGGCCGCCAAGAAGAAGUCUCAGCAAGGCCGUGAUGCUGAGCUGUGACCUGCUAUUGCAUCCCAUGCCGCGUACGAGUUACCGUGCUUGUUUCAUGUAUUCCACUGUUAAGCUGCUAUACUACACUGCACACAUUUUGCAUACGUUUGGCAUGUUCGCGUGUAGCUUUUUCAGUUAAAGCACUUGUGAUAUGAUCACCAACCUCUGCAUUCUUGUUCUUUAUGAAA